AUGGUUAACAAGAGAAGAUUCUCUUCUGAGCACGAUCAUGUAUCAGCCGUAGAAAGUUCAGUUCCUGAACACGCUGCUGAAGUUGCGGAAGAAUUGGCUAAAACUCACCCUGUUGGGAAUGAGAACACGCCCUUAACUCAUCACGACGCUGGCGAGUUCAGCAAUCUCACCCGCCAUAAAACUACUGCCGCACAGGCUAAUGAGUUGGAAAAUGCCAAGAUUAAUCCUUUUACUGGUAGAGACUUCACCCCUAAGUACUUUGAUAUUUUGAAGAUCAGGAAAGAAUUGCCCGUGCACGCGCAAAGGGACGAAUUUUUGAAGAUCUACCAGGAAAACCAAAUCAUGGUGUUUGUUGGUGAAACUGGUUCCGGUAAGACCACUCAAAUUCCUCAGUUUGUUUUAUUCGAUGAAAUGCCACAUCUUCAGAACACUCAGGUCGCCUGUACUCAACCCCGUCGUGUUGCUGCUAUGUCGGUGGCCCAGAGAGUUGCUGAAGAAAUGGACGUGAAGCUCGGCGAAGAGGUUGGUUACUCCAUUAGAUUUGAGAAUAAGACAUCUAACAAAACCAUCUUGAAAUAUAUGACUGACGGUAUGCUUCUUCGUGAAGCCAUGGAGGAUCAUGAUCUCAGACGCUAUUCGUGUAUCGUUCUUGAUGAAGCGCACGAAAGAACAUUAGCUACUGAUAUUUUGAUGGGUUUACUAAAACAGGUAGUUGUUCGCAGACCUGAUCUGAAGAUAAUCAUUAUGUCUGCCACGUUGGAUGCAGAAAAGUUCCAGCGCUACUUCAACGAUGCGCCAUUACUGGCUGUUCCCGGUAGAACACAUCCAGUUGAAAUUUACUACACCCCGGAAUUCCAAAGAGAUUAUUUGGACUCAGCGAUCCGCACUGUCUUGCAAAUUCACGCAACGGAAGGUGCCGGAGACAUUCUAUUGUUUUUAACUGGUGAGGAUGAAAUUGAAGACGCCGUUAGAAAAAUUUCAUUAGAAGGUGAUCAGUUAAUAAGAGAACAAGGCUGUGGGCCAUUAAAAGUUUAUCCUUUAUAUGGUUCUCUACCUCCACACCAACAACAACGUAUUUUUGAUCCUGCACCAGAGCCUUUCAAUGGAAAACCUGGAAGAAAAGUUAUCGUAUCCACAAAUAUCGCCGAGACAUCGUUGACCAUCGACGGUAUCGUUUACGUGGUGGAUCCUGGCUUCUCAAAGCAAAAAGUUUAUAAUCCAAGAAUAAGAGUGGAAUCUUUGCUUGUAUCACCUAUUUCCAAGGCUUCUGCCCAGCAGAGAGCUGGUCGUGCAGGUCGUACGAGACCUGGUAAGUGUUUCAGACUUUACACAGAGGAGGCUUUUAAAAAAGAAUUGAUAGAACAGAGUUAUCCUGAAAUUUUGCGUUCCAACUUGUCUUCUACUGUCUUAGAAUUAAAGAAGUUGGGAAUAGAUGAUUUGGUUCACUUUGAUUUCAUGGAUCCUCCGGCCCCCGAGACUAUGAUGAGAGCUUUGGAAGAACUAAAUUACUUGGCCUGUCUAGAUGAUGAUGGGAAUUUGACUGCUCUUGGUAGAUUAGCAUCACAAUUCCCAUUGGACCCUAUGCUCGCAGUUAUGCUAAUUGGGUCACCGGAAUUCCAUUGUUCUCAAGAAAUGUUGACUAUAGUCGCGAUGAUUUCAGUACCAAACGUAUUUAUUCGUCCGUCAAAGGACAAAAAGCGUGCUGAUGAUGCAAAAAGUGCCUUCGCUCACCCUGACGGUGAUCAUAUCACAUUACUGAAUGCAUAUCACGCAUUUAAAUCCGAUGAAGCAUACGACUUCGGAAUUAACAAGUGGUGUCGUGAAAAUUACUUGAACUACAGAUCUCUCUCUGCUGCCGACAAUAUUCGUUCUCAGCUUGAGAGAUUAAUGGUAAGAUACAAUUUAGAUGUAAUCUCGACCGACUUUGAAGAUCCAGACUAUUUUGAUAACAUCAGAAAAGCAUUGGCUGCAGGAUUUUUCAUGCAAGUUGCGAAAAAGAGAUCUGGAGGAAAGGGUUAUAUCACUGUCAAGGAUAACCAGGAUGUUCUAAUUCAUCCAAGCACUGUAUUGGGUCAUGACGCCGAAUGGGUUAUUUACAAUGAAUUUGUUCUAACUUCACAGAACUAUAUCAGAACGGUGACAUCGAUAAGGCCAGAGUGGUUGAUUGAACUUGCUCCUGCUUAUUAUGAUCUCAAUAAUUUUCCAAAAGGAGAUGUUAAACUAUCGCUAGAGCGUGUUAAGGCUAAGGUGGAUAUGAUACAGGAAAUGAAUGAAAGCAAAAACAAGAAGAAGAACAAAAAGAGUAAGAAGGCUAAAAAAUAG